ACUCCCAGUCAGUCCUCCGGUCGUUGUCAUGCAGAACGAGCGUUGAAGAAAAAAUACUCUUAUUUUUUUUUUUUAUAAAUGAUGGAUUCUGGUGAACUCCUUCUUCAAAAAUGGCCACGAUGGAAGAGGGAUACGGACAUCCACUGCCUCCUACCCGAAAUCUUAUCCUACAUCUUCUCAUAUCUAGACCCCGCCGAUAAGGGACGUGCUGCGCAGGUAUGCCGGACUUGGAGGGAAGUUUGUAAUCGAAAAACGGUUUGGAGGGGCGCAUGCGCAAGACUGCAUUUAAAGAGGACAAAUCCUUUAGUAUUUUCUUCACUGGAACGCCGAGGGAUUAGGCGUAUUCAAGUUCUGAGCGUUCGGAAAACACUCAGAGAUAUUACCAGUUUACAUCUGCAAAGUUUGGACCUAACUGGAUGUUAUAAUGUGACUGAUGCUCUUAUUAUACAUGCAUUGGAACAUGAACUUCCGCUCCUAGAAAGACUAGUUCUCUCCUUCUGCAAACAAAUAACGGACAAUUCAAUUGCUAGAGUUGCUCAAUACGCAAGAAAUUUAAAAGUUUUAGAGUUAGCCGGUUGUUCUCAAGUUACUUCGAAUGCCUUGACUUUAAUUAGUGUGGGUUUAGAACGGUUGGAAAGAUUGAACGUUAGAUCCUGUAAAGGGGUCACCGACAGGGGGAUAUCCUACAUUUCCGGGUUACAGCCAGCCGAUUUGGAACCCAAGGGAAACCUAAAUUUGACUGAUCUAGUCCUGCAGGACUGCCAGAGCGUUACAGAUGACGCUCUUUCGCAUUUGAGUUGCCUGAAGAAUUUGGACAGUUUAAAUAUAUCAUUUUGCGCGGGAAUAACCGAUACAGCAUUUAGGUAUCUUGCAAAAUCUACGUCUCUUAGGCACCUAAACGUUAGGAGUUGUGACAACGUAAGUGACACAGGAAUCGGCUACCUCGUAGAGGGAGGAUCCAAAAUAGAAACUUUAGAUUUAGCAUUUUGUGAGCGUCUAACGGACUCUUGUUUAACACAUAUAAGUAGGGGACUGUUCAAUUUAAAAGCUUUAAGUUUAAGUGCGUGUAAAAUAACUGACGAAGGCGUCUCGAAUCUUGCAAAAUCUCAAAUAGAACUUCGCGCCUUGGACAUUGGACAGUGUUCUAAAUUGACAGACGCGUCCGCCAUUGUUCUUUCAGAAUAUCUGAUAAGAUUAAAAGCAUUGGAUGUCUACGGUUGUGUUUCAAUGACAACGGUAGGCCUAGAAAGAUUGACAAACAUGGCGGAUUUAAAAUAUUUCAACAUGCAUUUAUGGAACCAUGCCGGUCACGCCCUGACCGCCAUCUGACCCCAACCGGGGGCCUACUUUCCAUUGAAGAAUGUGAAGGAUAGAAAGAAGAAUGAAUUUCGUCCGGAAAAGAACGCGGAACGUGAAAUAUGAGGGAUGGAGUGAAAGCGGCGGCAGUCUGACGGACGAAUAGAAUAGGGCGGCGGCGGCAUUGAUUGACAAAAGGAAAGAACGAACGAAUACAGAGAUAGACGGAAGCAAAUGUAGAAAGCAGCUGGUGUCCGACGUCAUGCUGCAUCAAUAAUGUACGGGUUUUAGUCCUAUGUAUUUUUUUUCUACAUGAAAAAGGACAUGUAUAAAAAAAAUGUGCUUGUUAAAAUGAAUUGAGAAAAUGUUUUGCAAAAGAAUAUAAUACGUUGGCUUUUGUUUUUCUGUACUAAAGUGUACUAUUUCAUGCUUUACGUACAUGAAACAUGUAUAGAAUGCGGAUAGAUUGAUGGAAAAACGGACGAGUAUGACACAUUGGAACGCUGCCAACUCCCUUACACAGAGGCAGCCAGGCGAAUCUUCCUGCCUGGUACAUUUUAUCGGUCGGCGAAAAAAAUUCAUGCCUGUUUAACAUUUUAAAGGCUUUUGCAUCGACUAAACAUAGUACAUAACUAUAAUAAAAAAGGAGAAAAGAAACAAAGAGACCGCCACUCUAAUCUUUUACUGGAAAGAAUCUUUUUUUUACUCAUCCUCUCUCUCAUUCUCUCUAUCUCGAAAAUUUUUCUCUAGUUUUUUUUCUCUCUACUCUCCUCUAUCUAUACUUUCUCUCUCUCUCUCUCUCUCGACUACCAUGACUGCCACUACUACAGCUUCAGGGCUUGUUUAAAAGCGGAUGCGGGAACUGAUAAAAUCGACUAAAAAUAAAUUUUAUCCGUUUAUCUCACGAUUCUUAUCGUAAUCUAACGAGUUCACGCUUUUUUUUUCUUUUUUUUUGUAUUUCUGUAUAGAUGUCGACAGUGUCGAAUCUCAACGUAAGAGGGCGCUGGAAGUCCUACACGCCAAUUUUUCAUUAUUAUUUAUUGACUUUUUUUAUAGUUUGUUGAUUUAUGUGAAUUGUACUAAUAAAAAAGAAAACAGAGAAAAAAAGAGAAGAAAAAGGGAAAUCGUCUUAAAAAAUAUUCUUUUAUUAAAAAUUAUCCUUUUUUACAUGUAUAACUUAUAUUUUUUAUAGUAAAAUUUUAAUAUUUUCACAUUUCAUUCAUUUACAAUUUGUAAAAAUGAAUAAACAAGUAAAUUUCUUUUUUUUUAACCAAUAAUUCAUAUUUUUUUACCAUGGGGGUCAUUUUUUCUUUCACGUCUAU